AUGAAGUCCAGUCUAGCGCGACAAAAGGUGGAAAAUGCACGCGAGCCCCGACGCGUUUACUGCCAAAUCGCAGUGGCGUUGAUUUGGAUGCGCCCCGGCUACAACGUGCACAAACACCAAGAAAGCUUCAGUUUUUCAAGGCAGCUAUAUAAAACGGCGCUCUGCGUGAGAUGGCAAAUGGGCCGCUGCAAUGCGGGGAGUCUUUGCCGACAUGCGCACGGGAAAAAUGAGAUGAGAAACAGCAUCGGCACCGUACCACCAGACGCGUUAGGGGCUGAUGGGAGUCUUCCUGUGCUUGUUCCUGGCUCGCCCUCUUCGUCGUACGUCAUGCAAGGACGUGCCCGGCUGGAGACAACCGUGUCAGGGGCGCGUGGGUCCCCCGUUGCUGGACAGACUUUUUUGUCUCCCCCCCAACGAAGCUCAGCCAAGUGGGCAGGCCCGAAUGCCGAACGAGAGCAGCAUAUUGCUGAGUCAGCGGCGAUGGCACGGAGAGGUGAAAAUCCGCCAACUCCUGUACUACUUCCCAAAAGCCGUGCUGCCGGCAACCACACGUCGCCCGGUUUAUUCGAGGCGCAACGUGGAGACGUCCUGCCGGAAGGCGUUGGAUUUCAGGAGCGAGUGCAGAGCCGCUUGCAGAGCGUUGGCGCGUUACAUUUGGCUUCAUCUCCUCCCAGCACGCAAGCUUCUGCCGCUGUCGCCGGUAAUCAGGAGAUGGUGCUGCAGCAGCUGCAGGAGUUCAGGAAGCUUCUGAAUCUUGGAGACCGUGUCGGCGCGUUGGCUGGCGAGGAGGGACUGUAUUGUGCAAGGCACAACGGAAAGAAGCCUCAGCAAGAAGAGCCUUGCGGUGCGAAGUUCGCCCUGGCUUUCGAGCAGCGGCCCUCGUCACCCGUGGACACAAAGCUCGCGGGCUGUUCGCGGGUCAGCGAAGUAGCAGGCGCUACGACGAACUGUCCAACGCUAGUGUCCGAGCGGGCUCUUGCUGCACACGGAAACAGGCUGUGGGAACUUCUCUCCCCUAGUUCGCAGGACGACCUAGAUAGCGUCAGGCUUGCGACUACCCUGGAUCCAGGUGCUGCUGUCGAGCGCGACCAGGCAACACGUGCGAAUAAUGGAAGCGCCUCCGAGCCGGAACGUGGCGGUGUACUAUCCGCCGAGAUAUAUGCACUGUCGUCGCCCCAGACAAGACUGUCGCUGUGUCCCCAUUUUCUAGCAGGAAGCGAUGACAGGAGAAGCAUGUCUUUCUGUACCCGCGGGACGCCAGAGGAGCUGAUGCUCCCGCCAUCUCCUAUGGCACCGUUGCACGCCAGCGGCGUGCGCGGUCCAGGCAGGCCAGUGGGUGAUGAAGAAAACGCCGAGGAGAUAUAUUUGGGGAAGACAACAGAUUGUACGCUGGCGCCGGCAGACACGGGCAAGUUCCAAUAUGGCGACGACUCCGCCGUGGUCAGGUUUCAACCGCGGAUGUCGCGGAGACACAGCGGCGCUGAAGAGACCUCAUUUGCUAACGGCGCUAGUUAUGUCAGGGCGGCCUCGGAGCGCCAUGGCUGCAACAGUUGCCCGACUUCUGUGCAUCCUGCGAAGCAGAACAGUGGGGUCUUGUGGCGUCCCAGACGACACGAGCUGGAUGCGGAUUUUUCAGGACGGUCGGAAGUCCUCUGGAUGCAAGAGGGUUGCCGGCGCGCUUCUUCAGGGGCGUCGACCAUUGAUACGACACCCCGCAGUAUAGACGCGCUGAAUGGCUUCCUUUGUUCCCUGAGCCUCAGUGGGCCGUAUUCGCCUAUGAUGAGCGCGGGGGUGAGUUACAGGUCACCCACGGUCAGGAGAGGAACUUUCGACGGGUCGGCGGACAGUGCUGGCUCGGUAACCGGCCCCAAGUUGCGCACGCAGUCGUCGUCGGAUGAUGGCCAGCGGGAGGGUCGGGAGGGCGCAUUUGCAGCAGAAAAGUUUGUGGAGAGUAGUUCUGGGUCCGUCACACCUGGCGGGAAUCGAUGCAGCGAAUGGUCCGGCCGGGCCAUGACUGCACCGGGUGGUGGGACGGGCGUCACAUCGCCGACAGCAAGCAUUUUUCGGGAAGCUAGGGGAUCUGAGGCGCGGCAGGACGACGGCGGCAGUGACAUGGAGGGUGAGACGCCCGGAGACUUGGAUUGUGGGUUAGAGGAAGAGUUUCAUGGGAAAUACGCUGAUGGUGUUCCGCAGUUCGUCUGCGUCAGCGAUUGGGAACGAGAGGACGACCACACCGUAUUUCCAGGGGAAGGAACACAGGUUGUCAGUCGGGAGUCUCGGACAGGGACGAGCGCAGCUCAAGAGUGUUGCGACACUCAGGAUAUUAUGGACACUAAAAAAGUGUUGCGGGAUCGUGCAUCACUUGUCCAGAAGCUCUACGAAGACAUAGAUCCAUCUUCCGAUAGGUUUUCGGCACGCGUAGGAGAGACUUCAAGCAAACAGGAGGCUGGGUCGCUGCUAAUUCCUCACGCAAGCGAAGAAGACUGUAAUUCAGACUGUGAGCAAAGUGAGGCCACCGAAAACAUCGUACUCAGCAGGGCGAGUGUGCCCGGGCACUUCGAUGAAAGAAACCUACUCACUGAAAUAAUGCUCCGUGGAAGCGCAGGUUUGUUUGAAGGAAACUGCUCCCGUGCCCCACGCCUUCAGGAGAUGAACUCUCAAGAGGCUGGUAGGCGGUCAAGCAGCGCAGGUGGCGACGAUGAGGAGUUAAAAUUCCAGCAGAGGGGACGGUUCCACGAUGGCCGCCAGGAGGGUUCGGAGCUCUUCCGCGACAUGGAAGCGUUUCGUCGAACGUGCUGCGGUAAUAGGGCAAGAGUCAGCACGUGCUGCAGUCACAGAGAUCCCGCUGACUCUCUUGUCGCGGGGGCAAUGAAGCGACGAGACGAGGAAAACCUCGGCGAGUGUUGGUCUUCACAAACGGAUAACAGCCAUUGCUCCAUUUUGUUUAACGGACCUGCUCUCUUCUGGGCGUCUUGCGAUUCUCUAUGA